CAAUCGUUAAACUGGAUUGUACUGGAGUCAGAAAGGACGGCUUGUCCCUGAGACGCAGCUAGCAGUUGGGGUCUGCUACCGAGGGGAGGCAAAAAUGAGGUUCGCCCAGUUUUUGUUGAAAAACGGCUCGUUGGCGGGGAUACCGAGGCAAGUGGAGAGGUUUUCCAAGUUCUCCCCGUCCCCGUUAUCCAUGAAGCAGUUUCUUGACUUCGGCUCUGCCAACGCGUGCGAGAAGACGUCCUUUGUGUUCCUGCGACAGGAGCUGCCCGUCAGACUGGCCAACAUCAUGAAGGAAAUCGAUUACCUCCCCGACAAGCUCCUUGGCACUCCUUCAGUGAAGCUGCUGACCAGCUGGUAUUCACGGAGUUUGAUGGAGCUGGUUGACUUUUUAGAAAAAGACCCGGACGACAAGGAUGUCCUGAAAAACUUCACCCAGAUUCUCGUGAACAUCCGGAACCGGCACAACAACGUGGUCCCCACCAUGGCCCAGGGGGUGUUGGAGUUCAAGGAGGCGUUCGGCGUGGACCCCGUCACCAACCAGAACGUCCAGUACUUCCUGGACCGCUUCUACAUGAGCCGCAUCUCCACACGCAUGCUCAUGAACCAGCACACAUUAAUCUUUGAUGGCAGCGUAAAUCCAGCCCAUCCCAAACACAUCGGCAGCAUCGACCCCAGCUGUGACGUGGCGGAGGUCGUAAAGGAUGCGUAUGAGACCUCGAAAAUGCUGUGUGAGCAGUAUUACCUCACCUCGCCUGAUAUGGAGAUCAAGGAAGUCAACUCUAAAAGCCCCGGCCAGCCCAUCCACAUCGUUUAUGUUCCAUCACAUCUCUACCACAUGCUGUUUGAACUCUUCAAGAACGCCAUGCGAGCCACCGUAGAGACGCACGAGACGAGCCCGACGUUGCCCCCGAUCAAAGUCCGCGUCUCGCUGGGCAUCGAGGACCUCACUAUCAAGAUGUCGGACAAAGGUGGCGGAGUCCCCUUGAGGAAGAUCGAGCGCCUCUUCAGCUACAUGUACACCACGGCUCCGAGUCCCGUCCAUGUGGACAUGUCGAGAAACGCUCCUCUGGCUGGCUUUGGUUACGGCCUGCCCAUCUCUCGCCUUUAUGCCAAGUAUUUCCAGGGAGACCUGCAGCUCUACUCCAUGGAGGGCUACGGCACUUCGGCUGUCAUAUAUUUGAAGGCCAUGUCCUCGGAGUCGGUGGAGAGGCUUCCCGUUUUCAACAAGUCGGCCCUGCGGCACUACCAGGCCAGCAUAGAGGCAGACGACUGGUGCAUGCCCAGCAAGGAGCCAAAGAAGCUGGGCAAGUACGAGCGCACCCAGUGAUGGCGGACCGAAAGGAGAAAACGCAAGAGACUCUGAAACAGUUUGAAUGAACGCGUCAGGCAGGAAAACGUAGAGAGCCCUGAGAGGAGCGGAAGCUGUCGGCACGUUUGCUGAACCUUGAUCUGUUGGUGAAAUCUGGGAUCUUCUCUCAGACAAGAAC